AUGGCGGGUUUCUGGGCUUCCGUUUUUCUUUGCCGACCCAAGCCUCGUGCCUUGGCCGGUUCCACCAUGGUGGUGGCGAUGGGAACCAGAGGUCGAGAGCCGUUUAGAGAGGGAAACCUGAUUCUAGAGAGAAGUAAUGGGGAGAUUGACGGAGAUGUUACUCAUCGUACACAAGCGGGUUGGCUAAAGUGGCGAGCAGCGACCGGGGUGCUUUGUGAUAAAAAGUUUCUUAAUAGAUUAAAAGGUAAAACUUUCCGCGUUGCAAUUAGGCCAUCUUUAUUGUAUGGGAAAGAAUGUUGGUUCGUAAAGAAGGUUUUCGAACAAAGGAUGGAUGUUACAGAAUUGCGUAUGUUGAGGUGGAUGUGUGGGCACACAAUGAUAGAUAGAAUUAGAAAUCAGGAUUUUAGGGAGAGUUUAGGGGUUGCACCUCUCUCUACAAAGAUGCGUGAGAACAUAUUGAGAUGGUUCAGGCAUGUGCAGAGAAAAACGUAUGACGCUCCAGUGAGAAGGAUCGAAAGCAUCAUUUUGGAGGGUAAGAGAAGUCGAGGAAGACCUAGGAAAACAUGGAAGGAACGGAUUAAAAGUGACUUGCAUGACCUACACCUCUCGCAGGACCUGACCAGGGAUAGGGUUAGUUCGUGA